CUCCUCCUCCACCGCCUCCAGAAAAUCCGAGAACGGCGGAACCUCCUCCAAACCUCCGUCUCCACCUCCGCCGCAACCGGGGGAUGGUGGAGAAAGGACGGUUAAGAAGUUGCGGUUGUCGAAGGCGCUGACGAUUCCCGAUGGGACAACUGUCUACGACGCCUGCCGGAGAAUGGCAGCCCGCCGCGUUAACGCCGUCUUGCUCACUGAUUCCAAUGCUCUCCUCUCCGGAAUUCUCACUGACAAGGAUGUGGCUAGUAGAGUUAUUGCGGAGGGGCUGGUGCCAGAGCAAACACCGGUCUCCAAAGUUAUGACACGCACUCCUAUAUUUGUCACUUCUGAUACACUCGCCAUCGAAGCUCUUCAGAAGAUGGUCCAAGGUAAAUUCAGGCACUUGCCUGUUGUGGAAAAUGGUGAAGUCAUUGCCAUGCUGGAUAUCACCAAAUGUCUAUACGAUGCCAUAUCUAGGAUGGAGAAGGCAGCUCAGCAAGGGAGUGCCAUUGCAGCUGCAGUUGAGGGGGUGGAGUUGCAAAGGGGUAGUAAUGGAUCUGCUGCAAGUGCUUUCAUAGAAACAUUGAGGGAGCGCAUGUUUAAGCCUUCCUUGUCAACUAUAGUUGGUGAAAAUUCAAAGGUUGCUAUUGUAUCAUCAUCAGAUCCUGUCCAAGUAGCUGCAAAAAAGAUGCGGGAGUUGCGUGUCAAUUCAGCUGUGAUUGCAAAUGAAACCAAGCUUCAAGGGAUACUUACUUCCAAGGACAUCCUUAUGCGUGUUGUGGCUCAAAAUCUUGCUCCUGACACCACUCCAGUAGAAAAGGUAAUGACUUCAAACCCUGAACAUGCAUCAUUAGAGACAACAAUCAACAAUUCUCUCCAUAUGAUGCAUGAUGGGAAGUUCUUACAUCUUCCAGUGGUGGACAAAGACGGCAACAUUGCUGCUUGUUUGGAUGUUUUGCAAAUAACAACUGCUGCAAUUUCUCUGGUUGAAAGUAGCUCUGGAACUGUUAAUGAUGUGGCAAACUCAAUUAUGCAAAAAUUUUGGGACUCAGCUUUAGCGCUAGAGCCACCAGAUGAUUAUGACACUCAGAGUGAAGCUUCCGGGAUAAUGAAUUCAGAUGGAGCAGAUACUGCGAAGUCUACAUACCAAUCUGUAGGUCAUGGAAAUUCGUUUAUUUUUAAAUUUGAGGAUCCUAAUGGUCGAGUGCAUCGAGUCACCUGUGGAGCAGAAAAUCUAGAUGAACUUGUAUCUGCUAUCAUGGAAAGGGUCAGUAAUAAUGACAGAUCACGCCCCGUAAUUUUGUAUGAUGAUGAUGAAGGUGAUAAAAUUGUUAUUGCAAACGAUAGUGAUCUCGUAUCUGCUGUCAGCUAUGCUCGAUCUGCAGGACUGAAGGCCUUGAAGUUGGAUUUGGAGUUUACAGAUUCAGCUAAACCCGUGACACCAGAGUCUGCAAUAGCCAUGACCACAACCACAGCUACAAGACGGAAAACAGGUGGUGGCAUGUUGUCCAUUCGCUCGAGUAUUUUUGCAGGUGCUGUUGUUCUAACGAGCAUUGGCGUGGUGGCUUACUUGAAGCGCUCAAAUCAGUGAUUUCUUCACCAGUUGGAAAACACAACAGGCAGUAAAAAUCAUACUGGAUAAACUCCUUAGCUUUAUUGUCACUUAAAUCUUCAUUCAUUGCAGCAAGGUGAUGUGAAAGUUCUCCUCUAUAUUUUGUAGUUGUUUUAGCCAAUGCUUGUGAGGGUUGUUUGGUUUUGCAUAUAUUUUUAAGAGAUAUGUUACGUGUACGUAUUAAGUGUCAGACAUUGUGUCGACUCAUUUCUCGUAGAUGGGAUGUGAGACGGCACGACGUUUAACACGUAAUACGUUACAUGGAACACUUUUCUAUUUCUGACUCCAAUGUAAUUGUUAGUUACCUGUUACCACUUCUGCUUGCAAGUGAAAAUAUGUAAAAGAUAAAACCGUGGCAUGAAUACUCAAAUGUCAUAGUAUUCAACACUUGCAAUUCCUGAAAUAUGUGAACUAACAUCAUUGAGGAUUAUAAUUAUCCUCCAAGUUUUGUGAUCGGUGUAUUACCAUGUAAUGUAGGCAGAGUUUUUCGUUCA